UACUAGAGCCUCUUUAUUUUUCAUGUGUCCAAAUGCCCAAACAUCGUGUGUAACCCUCCACGCUGGUGCGAGCUUGUAAACCUGUGAUAUGAGCACUGGGAAUAAUUUUCCGACCACUGUGAGGAAAUCUUGGCUGAAUAUAAAAGCACCUGGAACAGCUGGCUUUUGAUGUACUUGUUCAGCUGCUGUUUAAAAGGUGGCUGGAGACCACAAACAAAAUCGUUGUGAUUUCCAAUCAGCUUCCAGUGUUGUUGCUAAGGAGACGGACCACUCACAGUCAGCUGCUGUCUUCAGAGUGACUUUGGUGGGUCGAGGUAGAGAUAAAAGGGUAAUACAGCUGAGUCGCUCUGCUAUCAGUUCAUUAGAAUCAAGUUGGCAAUUCCAGAAGUUGCUUCACAAAUAGUGAUAUAGUUGCUGAAGGGCAGCAGCGUUACUGUAAAACGACACAGGUUGGUUUUUAUACAGGCAGCCGAGUCAGCGCUGGAAAGAUAAGCUGUGCUCAUCAGUGCACCACUAUCACACUUGUUCGCUUGCAAAACUGCCACACUUAUGAGGGUGUUAUCCACCAUUAACACCCACUUCACUCAGAGCCCCAACAGCUGUGUGAAGCGCUCUCUCAGGGAUGUUUUCAGUGGUUCCCUGCUGUGGUUCAGGACCAGUACAGCACCUUGGUUUUUCUGGCGUGGCCGUACUACCUGCUGAUUAUUUCUGAAACGCCGCAACAGCUGAGAGAGUCCAGAAAUGCCGGUGUCAAGGUUAUGCGGGGGCUAUUCUGUCCUCUCUGGCAUCUCUCAGCCAGCGUCGCAGGGUUUGUCAGCUCUAAUAAUAGUGUGGAUCAGGUUCAGCAGCCCGUCACAAUCCCUGUGCUGCUGGGAGGGAGAGGAGGAGGAGCUCCUUCACUCUUUGUCUUUGCUCGGAGACGCUGAGAGUCGCUGAAGCUUUUUGACGAUCGUUCGUUUAGAGUCUUUGUUCUUUCGGAUUGUUUUUGUCUCCUUCUGUCACUUCGUUGAGAUCCUCCUCGAACUUUUAAAGCUGCUUGUUUUCUUCAAGCACGCCGUCACCUGGUUGAGAAGACUCCGAUAGUUUUGUGUGGUGCUUCCACCCAUGGAGCGAUACCGCCACUACGGCACCUCCUACACCUCCUCUCCUGGUGCAGCUCAUGUAGAGGAGAUCCACGCCGAGGAGGAGGUGGAGGAGGUGAUGUACACUGAAGAGGAGGUGGAGCCGCUGUUAGAGGAUGAAACGCAGCCUCUGCUGCAGGAGACAGGAGGCGUGAAGGGGGAGGAGGAAGUGACACGUGCACAGAAGGAAGUGCAGCCUGUUGUCCAGGAGACAGAGGGGAAGACGGUGCCGGUGGAGAGCAAAAAUGGAAAGAGGACAGAGGGAGGAGGCGGAGGAGAUGCAGGUGGAGGCCCAAAGUACUCCGUGUUCACCUGGUUUGUGGUCCUGGGUCUGCUGGGAGUCUGGAGCUCUGUGGCCGUGGUCUACUUCGACAUCGUGGACUACGACACCGUGAUCGCCAGAGCUAAGGAGUUUCGUAUGAACUUUUCUGAAGUUUUACAAGGUAAACUGACGGCCUACGACACAGACGGAGACGGAGACUUUGACGUGGAGGACGCCAAAGUUCUGCUUGGACUGAAAGAAGCAAAGAGGCUGCAUGUAGGAGACACACCUGAGAAGCAAACAGUGUUAAAAACUGAAGAAACCAUCAAGCCUGAAACAGCCAAUCAGCAAGCUGCAGAGCCGCGAGACGUCGAGCCGACAGAGGCCGCGCCAUCCGUGACUCCGCCCAGACAGAGCGAAUCAGCUUCUGGAUCUCAGGAUGUGGAGUCUGAAAUCCAAGCUGCUGUGCCCCUCCCUCCGCCAGCAGAGGACAGCUUUGUACCAGAUGAUCCUCGGGAAAGCAUCAGUCCUUACGGCGAUGAAGCCAACACGAUUGACACCACUGGAGUUCUGCUGGCCGAGCGUCAGACUGAGGAGAGCUCCGUGGAGUUUGCAGAAUACGUGACGAGCUCCAAGCUGACACAGGAAGCAGAGCCGGUCGUAGAAGCAGAGAAGCAGCCUGAAGCAGCAGACGUGGAUCCACAGAGUGAGACGCCCAAACAGACGGAGGCCGAGGGAACCUCAGAGAAACAGGCCGAGGACAAGCUGACAGAAAAAGCAAAGAAGAAGAAACCAAAAUUACUGAACAAGUUGGAUAAAACCAUCAAAGCAGAGAUCGAUGCUGCAGAGAAGCUUCGCAGGAAGGGGAAGCCGGACGAGGCGCUGAAAGCGUUUGAGAGGCUGGUGCAGCAGUACCCGCAGAGCCCCCGCGCUCGCUACGGGAAAGCCCAGGCAGAGGACGACAUGGCCGAGAAGCUGCGCAGCAACGACAUGCUUCAGAGGGCCAUCAACACCUACAGGGAGGCCUCCGAGCUCCCUGACGUGACCUCUGACCUCCUGAGAGCCACGCUGAAGAGACGAGCUGAGAGGCAGCAGUUCCUGGGUCGGAUGCGAGGAUCUCUGGCGACCUUGGAAAGGCUGGUUCAGCUCUUUCCUGAAGACAUCGGCCUGAAGAACGACCUGGGCGUCGCUCAUCUGUUGCUAGGUGACAACAAUGGGGCCAAGAAGAUCUACGAAGAGGUUCUGGGAGUCGCGCCCAACAACGGCUUCGCUAAAGUUCACUACGGAUUCAUCCUGAAGUCAGAAAAUAAGAUUGCAGAGAGCAUACCGUACCUUAAAGAGGGCUUGGAGUCAGGUGAGCCGGGAACCGACGACGGGCGCUUUUAUUUCCACCUCGGAGACGCUCUGCAGAGGGUCGGGGACGACAGCGCGUACGACUGGUACGAGCUGGGUCACAAACGGGGCCACUUUGCGUCGCUGUGGCAACGAUCGCUCUACAACGUGAACGGCCUGAAGGCGCAGCCCUGGUGGACGGCCAAAGAGACCGGAUACACGGACCUGGUGAAGGUGUUGGAGAGGAACUGGAAGACCAUCAGGGAGGAGGCUCUGGCUGUGUUGGACCAAAGCACCAGACACUUUGUACCCGAGGAGGAAAACCUGAGGGAGAAAGGAGACUGGGGCCAGUACACGCUCUGGCAACAAGGGAGAAAAGUUGGAAACGCCUGUCAGGGUGUCCCGAAAACCUGCGCACUGCUGGAGAGGUUCCCUGAAGCGACGGGCUGCAAGCGAGGACAGAUUAAGUUCUCGGUGAUGCAGCCCGGCACUCAUGUGUGGCCGCACACCGGGCCGACCAACUGCCGGCUGAGGAUGCACCUCGGCCUCGUCAUCCCCAAACGUGGCUGCAAGAUCCGCUGCACCAACGAGACGCGGGAGUGGGAGGAAGGUAAAGUCCUCAUCUUCGACGACUCCUUCGAGCACGAGGUUUGGCAGGAAGCCGACAGUUACCGCCUCAUCUUCAUCGUGGACGUGUGGCACCCGGAGCUAACGCAGCACCAGCGCCAGACUCUGAGCCCGAUUUAGACCGGCCAGAACCGGCAGGCGGUGGCGGGAGGGCGAAUCGCAGGAGAGGAUGGAGGCGGGGUUUCUUCUUCUUCUGUGGUUCAAACAGCUGCAAACACUGACAGUCUGAGUGUGAGCCGGGCUGAGGUGUCUGUUUGCUCGCGUGUGGAUAAACUACUAAAGACGGUCGAAGGACCAAACAUCAGCCUGGAGGAUGGACGCGUCGUUGUUCGGGGUCAUACUACUGACUGCCAUCAAACUGAACUCAUACGGUACUCGAUUAAACCGGAGCGGACCGGAUCGCCGCGGCAUUACAGAUCGUUCUGCUCUGAAGAAAGACACGAAACUAAAAGAGUGUGUGUGUGUGUGUGUGUGCUCAACUUAAAACACUAAAACGUCCGUCGAGUGGAUUCAAAGCAGCUCAGUAACAGCGUGAAACAAGAAGCCUUAACUUUAGCUCGACCACGAUGCAUUUUAUUUUCCAUCCAGGCGGGUUUUUAAUUUCACUCUUUCAUCACUUUUGCACAAUAACACGGCCACGCGGGGUGUCACAGAAGAGGAUUUAUAUUUGUAUUAAAAAUAAAAACAAUAAAAACAUGAA